CUGAUGAGCCCACCAUUGUUGACCUGAGGAGGCAGCCAAUUUGAGUUUCAUUUCUUCAUUUUUGUGAUCUUCAUUGUCGUAUCUAAUCCCUCCACUCUUUAUCUUCCUUCAUCAUCUCAUUUUAAAAAGUGAUUUCAUAUCUAAUGUGAGAAGUAUGUCAACUUUUGACAGUGGGAAUACAAUUACAAAUGAUGUGUAUCAAUCCGUGGAAUUGUGCCGUUGGUUUUCACUUGCUGAGAUUCAAUCAGCCACCAACAACUUCGAUGAUGCUUUGGUCAUUGGGAAAGGCGGAUUCGGUAAGGUGUAUAAAGGGUUCAUCGACGAUGGAGCUACCACUGUCGCCAUUAAGCGGUCGAAUGCAGAGUCCAAACAAGGGGCAGGAGAGUUUUGGACUGAGAUCAAGAUGCUUUCCAAGCUCCGCCACACACAUCUCGUGACUCUGAUUGGCUACUCUGAUGAUUGCGAUGAGAUGAUACUCGUUUAUGAAUACAUGGCCAAUGGGACGCUCGCCGAUCAUCUCUACGAAAAUAGUAGGAAAGGAAAAGGGAAUGAUAUUUAUCAUCUUACUUGGGAGGACAGGCUCAAGAUUUGUAUUGAUGCUGCCCAUGGAUUGGACUACCUUCACACGAAUACCGAGCAAGGUGUCAUACACAGGGACGUGAAGACCACAAACAUUCUGUUGGACGAGAAUUGGGUAGCUAAGAUUUCAGAUUUUGGAUUGUCUAAAAUGGUAAGGACAACCCAUACACAAACUCACAUUAGUACAAUUGUUAAAGGCACAUUUGGUUAUUUUGAUCCAGAGUAUUUCUUGACUCAUAGACUAACCAAGAAAUCAGAUGUGUAUGCUUUUGGUGUGGUUCUAUUUGAAGUGUUAUGUGCGAGGCCACCGGUAGAUACAAGUGUUGAGGAGGAGGAGCAAAUUGGUUUAGCCCUAUGGGCUCAAAAAUGCAUCAAAAAGGGAACCCUUGACCAGAUCAUUGAUCCCUCUAUAAGAGGACAAAUAUCACCAAAUUGUCUAAAGGUGUUUGCAGAAGUUGCUAACAAAUGUUUACAUAAUUAUCCUAAAGGAAGGCCUACAAUGAGUGAAGUUGUGGGGAGCCUCAAGCAUGGAUUGGCAUCACAGGGCAAUAUCCAUUUAUCUCGACAAAAGGGAAUAAUAUGCAAUCUGUUUUUGGGUACUGCACAUGUAGUGGCUAAAGGUAUUGAUCUUGGGUGGAGGAAGUGGAAGAACUGGGGUCCUAAGAAUGGAGUGUCAGAGCAGUUGUGGAGGGAUCUAGUUGAGGAUGGUGUCAAUCAAUCAUUCCGUCGUUUCUCUCUGACAGAGAUUCGAGCACUUACAAAUAAUUUUCAUGAGCUUAGGGUGGUCGGAUUUAAUCGUGACAUCAAAGUGUAUAGAGGCCAUAUUAGCAGCAGGAAUCUUCAUGUGGCAAUUAAAAGGUUGAAAGAAGGAACAUCAAGAGAGAGGAGCUUGGACCUAUUUAGAGCUCAGAUCCAGGUGCACUCCCAUCUCCGUCACCGCCAUAUUGUUUCUUUAAUUGGAUACUGCAUCGAUAAGCAUGAAGUGAUCCUUGUCUACGAGUUUAUGGUCCAUGGGUCUCUCUACCAUCACCUCUAUGAAACCAACAAGUAUUCACUUAACUGGGAAAAGCGACUUGAGAUUUGCAUUGGUGUUGCACGAGGACUGCAAUACCUCCAUGCAGGUACAAGGCAAACAAUCAUUCAUCGCAACCUGAAUCCGACCAAUAUUUUGUUGGACGAGAAUUGGAAUGCCAAAGUGGUGCCCAAAACUGAACCAAGUACAGGCAUCGUGGGAUAUAUGGAUCCAGAAUACCUUCACAGCGCUAGAUUAACUACAAAAUCCGAUGUGUACUCAUUUGGUGUCGUCUUACUUGAACUAUUGUGUGGUAGGAAGCCAAUGAUCUAUUCACGGGACGAGGAUCAAGUGAAUUUAGUUCGCUGGUUCAAAACUAAUAUCGAAAUGGGCACCGUUGAUCAGAUCAUUGAUCCAUAUCUAACUGACAAAAUAGCACCAGAAUGUUUGAAAGAAUAUGUCAAGAAUGCUGAAAAUUGCGUGUGUGAUGAGGGGAUUGAGCGACAAUCGAUGGAUGAUGCGUUGGGUAACCUCCGGUAUGCACUGCAACUGCAGGAAACUUGGCGGAAUAGUAAUGAACAUGAAUCAGACAAAAUUUCGACUAGCAACAAGUGCAUUAGAUGUCAAAAUGGAGAACCUUGUGCAAGAUGCAUUGGAGAAGACCAUGGUUGGUAGGACAUGUCUGGUUGUAGCUCAUCGACUAUCAACAGUUCAAAAAUCAGACAAAAUUUCGGUAAUUGACAAAGGGAGGGUUCUCAUGAUGAGCAGCAAGCCACCUUGAGGUAGGUUGCCCGCCGACUGAAGGCUGAAGAUGCUUGUGGCUAAUCAUAAGACAAACAAGAAAUAGGUCUACUAUGUGGUUUACUGGCUCUACAUAGGGGUUUUAAAUAUUCCUUCUUUUAAAGCAUAAAUGUGAUUACACACAUCAUUAUAUAGAUCUAUUUUCAGGUUCUUCUACUUUGUCUCCCCAAGUUACAUGUUGUCAUGAUGGUUGAACUAUUAUAGCUUUUGUUCAGUAAUUAAAAUUGUGUUCAUGCUUGUAUGACA